AUGGCGGAAUCUUCAGAUCUCAUGCUUCAGGCUAGGGAUCAUCUCGCGACUCCAAGCCACCAAAGAUUAGCGAGUGUUGUAAAUCAACUGUUUAUGCGUCAAGAGUCCGACGAAUAUCAAACAGCGCGUGCUCUGUACGAUUUCUGCGUCGCUAAUUUCUCGAAUUGCCUAACCCUAAUGCUUCUCAAAGUGUAUCGGUGUUCUUCAGAUGAAAUCACCAGAUCCAGAUCGAUGUAUCUACUCUCUGAAAUUCUCACCUAUAUAAGAAAGCACGGUGUCGAAGUCUCUCUCGUCGCUCUCCAUGUCAUGAAGCCCCUUGUGCUUUCCGAAACUGAAAUCGAGAUCCUCAGAAGAAUCGUCUCUUUUGUUUUGAUGUCAAGUAAUGGUUAG